CCGCCAGUGCCAUUCGUCGCCGCAGUGCGAUACGGUCGAUAGAAGAAAACGUGGCCGACAGUCUCCGGUGGUUGCAGCUGCCGCAGACACCGUCGCGUCGCCUCGUUCCCUCGAGCCACGUCGACAUUCACAAUCCCGUACCAACAAUUUUCCUGGAAUCGCCCUUCGACGCGUUCUUCCCUCGUUUCACCCCACGAGAUCAACGUUGAGGGUGGCCACGCUCGAAUACGCUUCAAUCCGCUUCAGGAUGCCGUGCGUACGGCAUCAUGACGCAGAAACGUUUGGCUAGGAUUCCCGUGAACAUGACGAGCUGUCCACGACCACGCGAUCCCGGGCACGAUGGAGUGGUAAGACGAAUAGGACCGGCGCGGAAGUGCAACGACGAUUCCGUGGCCGAAAACGUGCGUGCCCGUGUCAUCAAUGGACUAUAACUGUUCGUGAGAACGUAAACGAUCGUGGAACACGGCCGCGUGGCCAGGCCAUGACAUUGGACUUUCGUAGAAUCUGUUUACACGCGUGGCUGCCUGUGACAGCGCCCAGUCAGCGGCCGAUCGCAAACGCCGUCGUAAAAAUCGUGCCACCAGGGAUCUCCGACCUUCGCGCCAACGUUCAUCAAUCACUAUCGACAUCUGGAGUUAACGAGUUACGUAGUUAGGGAAGCGGUUCCCAGUCAGUCAGUUUGUAACAAUCGCGUGAAUCAGAUACUACGACGUUCGGCGGUCGUGUUGCACGUGGAUCGAGCGAAGCUCAAAGGAAAAGUGUACGAUAUCGGCAGAUAUCGUUAGUGAUUCGCAACCUUGCUUUGUAUAGUUUGAGAUUGAGGUACCAUUUUAUUAGCGAAUCGCUAUUAAAAUAUGUAUAAUCGCUGUGAUUCCCUUAAAUGAUUAUUCGUAUACGAUUUAAAGUCCAGACAUUCGCAAAGAGUCUAUGUGAAGUUCGAAGUGAAAUUCUGCCAGUGCAAAAAUUCCAAGAGAUACUCGCGCACGUAACAGUGGAGCAAUCAAUUGUCAGCAACGUGAGAUUCCAUCAACGUGGCUGCUUUCCAUCUCUACCCUCCCAUCGGAUCAUUUCCACCCCGUUGAACGAUCGACGUCGCGAUUCACGAAGGACCGACAGUCUUGCAGUAGGUGGGUUGGCGCCACAGGGUUUGCCAAUCGAUUUCAGUCUCCUCUCGAGGAUGUUCCGUUUCGCGACGUAGCGUUUCGAGUUUUUACGUCGUAGUCACGUGCCAAGAAGCGUAGUGUGCCACGGUGGGGGACCAGUCCGUGGGGCUGGUCGUCGAUCGCCACAUCGAAGGGGGACACAGUGAAGGGGAUUUUUCUCGGUACCUACCUCGACAUCGUUGUGGAAAAUCGAUCCGCCGUGGCAGCCACCCCCGUUGCAACCACCCGGCGCGGUGCAAUGACCUCCAAACCGGGAAGGUCCUACAGCAUGAGUUGGACGAGACUAACGAUCUCAGGUUGGAUCGUUGAUUUUGACCGGAGUAUAUCGAUCUCGCCGUGAGAAGAUCCUUGCUUCUGUUUUAUAGACAGCAUAAAAGAGGUCGACGUUCGAGGUUUGCGGUCCCCGCGAGUCGGAGGACCCCUCUCUCAGUCGUUAGCGAUGAUUCCGCCAACGAUGCACGGCCAUGAAUUCAAUCAACCUCUGUCGAGGGUGGUUAUGGUCCGUAAAACGGAUCAAAGGACCUUCAGCAAGGGUAGACGGGGCGGAGAACCUCUCCUGGAAACGGUUACCAGGGAAACCGUCGAGCUUUUCAACGGCGGUCGUGCUGAAAGGAAAUACACGUCCGAGACUAGAGACAUCGUUACGCCAAAGUCGAACAGUAUGCCCUCGCUCAGCGUUAACGGAACGAAAAAGAAGGUGGUCGGCUUUGUCGACCAGUUGUCGCCAGAAAGGUCGAGGACGGAUUCGGUGAGAUCGAAAUCUCCUUUGACAGCGUCGCCAGCGUCUCCAGGGCCACUGUCGAAUUCCCUGCACGGCAGUUUCCACGGUAGUUUAGGAAGCGACGGCAUGUCUUGCAGCAGUGCCAGGUCAUCGUCGGCCUCCCCCGACUCUGCAAGAUAUUCGUCGACACCGAUAUCAAAGACUGACACACGUAAACCAUCUGUGCGCAGAUUGGGGCCUCCUAAGGAAUUUAUCAACGUUUGCAUCGAGACGCACAAUUUGUAUCGCGCUAGGCAUGGAGUACCACCUCUUCGUCUCAACAAACAGUUAUGUAAAACAAGUCAGGACUGGGCCAACAUACUGGCGGCUAGGGGUAGGUUAGAGCACAGGGCAAACAUAGAUUACGGUGAAAAUUUGUACUGUAUGUGGAGUUCCAACCCGAAGACUAUCGUAGGUGGCGAGGAGCCGGUAAACGAAUGGUAUGCGGAAGAGGCGCAACAUCAGUACGGAAAGGAGCCCACCACCCUGAAAACUGGCCACUUCACCCAAGUCGUGUGGAAGGACAGCACCGAGUUGGGCGUUGGAAUGGCCAGGAAUCGAAACGGCGAGGUUUACGUCGUUUGUAAUUACAAUCCAGCGGGAAAUUUCUUGGGCAGCUUCACAGAGAACGUUCUACCUCCAGGAAGUCCGAGUCCUACUAAAAAAAUCACCUUUUUAGAUCCUAAAUCACAUUACACGUUAGACGAACAAGCGUGGCAACAAGAGGCUCUAGUCGUUCACAACGAAUACAGAAGGAGACAUCGUGUUCCAGACAUGAGGUUAAGCGUAGAAUUAAUCGCUGCUGCGAAGGCGUGGGCGAACACGUUGCUGAACACGAACAAGCUGAUUCCCCAGUCGACUUCUCCGUACGGGGAGAAUAUCUACUCGAUGCAGUGCUCCGAUCCGAAGUUGAUUGUACCAGCACGAGAAGUUGUUUCCAAAUGGUAUUCCGAGAGGAAGGAUCACAAGUAUGGAACGGAACCAAAGGUCUUAAACACAUGCCAUUUCACACAGAUUGUUUGGAAAAAGACUGUCGAAAUGGGUAUAGCGAUGGCUAAAAGGGACGGAACCUGUGUGAUAGUGGCGUGUUACCAUCCGAGAGGUAAUAUUGUUGGUCAGUUCACGGAAAACGUGUUGAAGCCUGUGAAGAGCCACUAGUUAGUUCGUUAGAUGGAUCUGCCCACACUUGUCGAUACUGUAUUUAAGCGAUGUAUUUAUAAAAUCAUGAAUAGCGACAAUACACAUAAUAUAUGUAUAUAUAACAACACAGAUGUGCAUACACGUAGAAUAAAAGAAAACAUUCCACGUACUACACGAAAUCGAAACAUCUCGUCUGUUUUAUUAAUCGUCGGUAACAUAACAUAGCGUUAUGAUAUUGAAUCCUAAGCGACGAUGACCACAAGAUGUGUAUGUACGAGUUUAAUCUUUGAAGAUCGGCUUCCGUUUUGAAAAAGCAGACUGUGACAUUGAUAUCACUUUUUUAAAAAGAAUAUUUCAAUCUCACUGUUAUAUAGGGGAAGAAGAUAUUAAUUUGGUAUAAUGAUAGUUUCUAGUUUCUCUUUUUUUUUUUUUUUUUUUUGACAUAAGUACUUUUAGUACUUUCAUUGCUAUUUUGAUAAGUAAAGGAAUAGAAAUUAUUUUUUGUUGAACGGUCGGUUGUCAAAUAACCGAAGAGUAACACGAUAGUGAUACGUAAUUUCUUAUGGAUAAAUAGUAUUAAUGAAAAAGAAAUUGUCAGAGACUGAUCGUUCCUUCGCUGUUUACCUCAGAAACACCACGAAGCGAGACAUACCUGUAAUUUUUCUGACAAUACAACUACCGAUAGAGUGUAGUAUCGAAUCGAAAGUAUCUUCAUUAUUUAAAAAACACGUAACCAUUAUGUAACACUUUCUUUUCACUUCGAACAAACAAAGCAAAUUAUUCAAGAACUAUUAACUCAAACAUUUACACCGAUUAAUAUAAAAUAGUUAGAUUACAAAUUACUAAACGUGUUUCAAGCACAUUCCUAAAAAGAAGAAAAUGAAACAGACAUUUGUAAUACAAGUUUUCACUCGAUCUACGUUACUCUAAGCGACGAAAUAAAUGGAAUUGUACGUUCACGAAAUAAAAUGCGACGUAUCAGAAGGA